UGAACUGCACGAGACUAGCGGAUAUGACCGAGAGACUGAACACACUUGAGGCCAAGAUCCUUCUCCUGGAGGCUGCGGAGCGAAGCCCCCCCUUGGAGAACAACCUUCCCAUCACGGGGACGACCGCCACGUGGUACGACGAUUUGCUACCGGAUGCCUUUCCCCUGCUGAAUCCCGGCACUGUCCUGAGAAAAACAGUGGGAUCCGUCGACCCUAAAGGACACAGAGGUGCCGAGGAGCAGCUAAUACCACAGGGGCUGCCUGGACAGGUUGGUCCUCCAGGCCCCGUCGGACCAACUGGUCUUCCAGGACCACCAGGACCAAAAGGAGAGAAGGGACAACCCGGUGAGAGGGGCCCAGCAGGGCCACCAGGGCUGUUGGGGCCUCAAGGACCAAGAGGACUUCCAGGAGAAAUGGGGAUCCCAGGUCCCCCGGGUCCUCCUGGGCCACCAGCCACCCCAAGCCUCCCUCUAACCUUCCAGCAAGGGGUUCUGUACUCACUCCAGCCCACAGCUGAAAAAGAAA